UAAUGAGAACACACCUCUGACGUUCGUUAGACGUCCCUUACUCCAGUGCUGGGUCAGUGGCCUGUCAUUUGUUUUGUUUUGGGUUUUUUUUACCGCCAGCUCAGCCAUUAAAAAAUAUUGUUUUUCUAUACGUUUUUUCACUAAGCAGCGCAUUCUGUCGGCUAGUCACUAAAAAUAAUAACAUUAGUACGUGUUGUUUAAAGCAUAUAUACAUGAGAUUUCUAUAGUAUUGGUAUUAUUAAUUGUUUCAUUAUUAAUUAAACCACUUCUAUGUUCCAUUUCCACAGGGGCACCUUGCCCUUUUAUUAUGAGAUUGUUGCUUCUAUCUACAGAAAUUAAAUAGCUUUUGACAGCUUUGGACUUAUACAUCGUAGGUCAUUUAAAUGAUUUGUUGUAGAAAUUAGUCAGAGCAGAGAGCAACUAGUUUUCAGACUCAAAUCUGCGUUCUAAUUUAAAUAUGCGUGGAAGAUGACCCCCAGAGAAAAAUCACCAUUAAGGUUUAGUGAUGGAUUUGAGAUGUAAUGGUCGACAGGGCUAUACGUUUAAUGUUUACUUAAGUAGGUAGAGUCCCAGACAACCAGCUUCCAGGAUAACUGGGACCUGCAGUCCUCUCUACGACAUCUUGUAGCUCAUGGAGGGAUAUUUAUUUAUUAAUAUUUAGAUAUUUAUCUGUAGUUUGUGAUGAACUGUGAUGCUGGUGCUGUUGUUUUGUUUGUAAAGAUUAAAAGAGGUCUGUCACUUUUCACUGUUACCCAACCCAACUGAUAAUUAUCAUCAUGACUUCAUAGUGGUCAUAGGGAAAAUACGUCCAUUGAGAAUAAAACUGACUAUAAAAAUAUGCCCACACAGAAGAACAGCAACCUGGAACCAGACAGGUGAAAAAGGCAGUAGAACCGGACGCCUCCCUGCUGGUUGAUGGAAAACUUUACAUUGAACAGCUUCCUGCUGCAGCUGGAGGACUUGAACCUGUCAGAGGACGCUCUGUACCCCGUCUUCCUCUGUUUCCUCCUGUUCUACUUGUUUAUAAUCAUUGUGAAUGUGGGCAUCAUUCUCCUCAUUUUCACUGACAGGAAGCUUCACCAGCCCAUGUACCUUCUUUUCUGUAACCUUUCUGUAAAUGACAUUGUUGGCAACUCCAUCCUGGUCCCUCGUCUGCUCAUAGAUAUGCUGCGUCCUUCUUCUAAACGUGUCAUCAGUUAUUACGAGUGUGUGGUCCAGGCCUUCACCGUUCACACAUUUGCUACAACCUCCCAUACCGUGCUGAUGACCAUGGCCUUUGACAGGUACGUGGCCAUCUGUAACCCCCUGCGCUACAGCGUCAUCAUGACCAACAGAAUGGUGGUCAAGCUGACAGUGUCUGCCUGGGGGGUGGCCUUUGUGUUGGUGGGGAUUCUGCUGGGUCUGACAGUGAGGCUGAACAGAUGCAGGACUCUGAUCAUGAAUCCUUACUGCGACAACGCCUCUCUCUUCAAACUGUCCUGUGAGAGCGUCUUCAUCAACAACGUCUACGGCCUGACCUUCACCGUGGUCUUGUUCACAGCCUCCAUCGGCAGCAUGGUUCUCACCUACGCUAAGAUCAUUGUGGUGUGUCUGACCAGUAGAAACAAGUCUCUGAACAGUAAAGCUCUGAAGACCUGCAGCACUCAUUUGGUCCUGUAUCUGAUGAUGCUGAUCAGUGGCUUCAUCGUCAUCAUCCUCCACCGUUUCCCUCAGUUCUCCUUCUACAGGAAACUCAGUGCCAUUCUGUUCCACAUCAUCCCUGGAAGCCUUAACCCUGUUAUUUAUGGAGUGCAGUCUGCAGAAAUCUGUAGAUCCAUGUCCAGACUCUUUCAAUUCAAAACAGUUAACGCUUUCAAAUGAUUUCAUUCUGCACAGAUCUGAGCUCAGAUGAACUGUCUGUUAAAAGCACAGCACUUAAUAUCUGUGGCCUGGUCCAAAAGGUUAAACUGACUUUUCUAAACAAAAUUUAAAUUCAGUUUAAGAGGUAUUUUCUGUCAUUAUUUUAUUGGAUUACAAGUUUUAUUAAAACUGUUUUAUUGACAUAGCACAUUUUACACUUGGGCCCUGAUUUGCAUAAGGUCCUUACUACAUUAUAUUAUUAAAAUCUUGCCUUUGAG